AUGGAUUAUGCAGACUCAAAUCGUGGAUCAUGCAGUGACUCAUAUCGUGGAUCAUACAGUGACUCAUAUCGUGGAUCAUACAGUGACUCGCAUCGUGGAUCAUACAGUGACUCGCAUCGUGGUUCAUACAUUGACUCGCAUUAUGGAUCAUACAGUGACUCGUACCUUGGAUCAUACAGUGACUCAAACCCUGGAUCAUACAGUGACUCGUACCCUGGAUUAUACAGUGACUCGUACUCUGGAUCAUACAUGACUCGCACUCUGGAUCAUACAGUGACUCUCACCCUGGAUCGUACAGUGACUCACACCCUGGAUCGUACAGUGACUCGCACUCUGGAUCAUACAGUGACUCUCACCCUGGAUCAUACAGUGACUCUCACCCUGGAUCGUACAGUGACUCUCACCCUGGAUCGUACAGUGACUCUCACCCUGGAUCGUACAGUGACUCUCACCCUGGAUCGUACAGUGACUCUCACCCUGGAUCAUACAGUGGCGCCACACGAAGGAGUGGAGUUGGAUGAGAGCGAAUGUAGAGCGUAUGAUGUUGAGGUGGAUGAGUACCACCCACGAGCCACCCGCACCCUCUUCAUUGGUAACUUAGAAAAAGAUGUUACGAUAGAGGACCUCAAGAAGCACUUUGAGCAGUUUGGUGACAUCAUUGAGAUAGAUAUCAAGAAGCAAAAUGUAUCUACGUUUGCCUUCUGCCAGUAUUCGGAUAUUCGAUCAGUCGUACGAGCAAUGAGACAGAUGGAUGGAGAACAUCUAGGGGCCAAUCGCAUUAAGCUGGGGUUUGGUAAAUCCAUGCCAACUCGUUGUGUUUGGAUUGACGGUGUACCCGAAACCAUGGCAGAAAAGCAGUUGUAUGAGCAGUUUUCCCGGUUUGGCCCAGUGAUUCACACCAUCAUUGACCGGGAAAAAGGCCAUGCUCUCAUCUUUUAUGAGAUUGAAAAAUAUGCAUCUAGUGCAGUGUUGGAAAUGCGUGGCAGGAUGCUGAACAGCAGGAAGAUUCAGAUAGACUUCGCUUCUCGAGAGUGCCAGGCUGCCUUUUUUGAACAUCUAUCCAAACAAGGCCAUCCCAUACCAGCAGACAGGCCAUGGGAACGACGAGAAUUAGAAAAAGAGCCUGGUCGUUACGAGGGCACUACCAACAGGUACACUCGUUAUGAGCGUACAAGAAGAGAAGGAGCUUCAUUUCCUGCCAGACCUGCGGCUAAUAAUCGAACAGCAGCUUACAACUCGACUGGCACCCGGUCACGAGGCAGAUACGACAACUAUGAUGAGUUUCCCCCUGUGCGGAGUUACGAUGAAUUCAGUCAAGGAAGCGGUGCAUCUUACGAAGAUUCUUACGAGCGGGAGCUUCGUGAGUAUGCAGGAAGUCAGAGAUAUGGUGAAGGUGUUGGUAGUGGAGGUGGUAGUGGUGCUGUACCUGCAGGUAACAGACGGCAUAGUUUUAGUCCUGCUCGGCGACGGGAUGAUCCGUCUCCUGGCUCCCAGCGUGCUCACUCAAGAGAUCGUAGUAGUUUAAGCCCUCCGGCUCGUGUUCCAUACGAGGAUGGGGAGACUGGCAGUCGUCGCACUGCCAGACGCUCCACCAGCGAUCAUGACAGCUUUCACAGUCAGUCUCCACCUGGAUCUCGUGCUGCCUCUCCACCGCCGCCACCACGGCCUUCAAAAGGCAGUUCAGGUGUUUCCUCACGAUUAGCUCCCAGAUCACCAGGAACACCGAUAGCUGCAUCACCAUCACGUGAAGUAACACUGCUAGAUGAUCGAUCUCUCCCAGACCCCCGGGAUUACAGAAGACGUACAAAUGACCUUAAGGAUCUAGUUGUGCGUGUUAGUGAUGUGCGUCGACCACCCCCAGCACCACCAGAGUCACCCCACCGAACAGGCACCCAUCGACUCCAUCGUUCGUCUCAUACAGAGGAUGGGGAAGAUGUAGUAAGCAGUAGUAGUGGGGGUGCUGGUGGACCGCAGGAUCCUCGACUCUUGUAUCGCCGAGGUGCUGAUGAUCCACUUUCUUCUGGGGAUGAGAGACCACCCGAUCCUGAACGACCUCCAAAGAAACCACGUUAUAAUGAAGUUAAUUAUGAGAAGAUCGUAAGUGUGAAACGACUGGCCGAUAGUAGCGAUUCAAUACCAAAUUUUCGGCGGCCGCACGAUGCUCGUAGAGAAAGAUUGGUUCGGCGCGGUGGUGAGACGUUGCCACCACCACCACGCCACACAGAGGAGGUUCUUCAUGAUCCACGCUAUCGCAGGCCCUCUAUAUCGGACUGUGAUGAUGUUCACUGGAGACGUGAUGGUGUUCACGUGUCGUCAUCAUGUGAUGCAGCUGCAGACCAUAGUGACACCAGUCCUCCUGGUACCCCCGUCCGUGAUGAGAGGGAUGACUCCUCAGACCCUGUACGUCACACAUUACACCACCACCACCACCACCAUCAUAAUCACCAUCACCAUCACCAUAGAGAUCGCUACCACAAUGUUCCACUCUCUCUGCCAUUACCUAGAUUUGCACAACAAGUUCGGGCUCACUUAUCACCACGUGCUGCAUCAACAUCUCCUAAAGGUGCCAGUCUGUUGAGAUCUCCUCCUUUCAGUGGUGGGACUAGUGUUGGCAUUCGAGGAGAGACCAGAGAAGUGAGCGGUGCAGUAUUGGAUACACCACUGUCACCUGGCCCACGGGACAGCCCUUCAGACUCGGAAGAAUCGCCUCUGCCCUCGCCGUGUAGCCCUUCUAUUGAUUUAGAGCAGCGGAUCCGUGCUUUAGACGAGAAGUACGAAAAGUGGUCGGGUUCUUCGAGGGUGGUAGGGAACAGCUUAACUUCAAAUGCAAACGAAGUGGUGAAUGAUAGUAGUAGCAGUUCGGGUGGCAGUGGAAGCAAGAAUGCUCGACUUCCACGGAUACUUGAUCUUGAAGAGUUGCGGUCACAGCCGUCCGAUAUUGUUAAAUCCCUUCUUUCAAAGAGAUCAGUCUUCGAUGAGGAUAGCAAACGACUGGAAAAUGUUGGCGAUAAAUACGAGCCUAAGCCAUUUACUUCAGCUACACGUACUAGCAAAGCUGGAAGUAUCAUACCAAGUCCACCAUUGGUAAACACGCACAUGCCACGCCUUCCUGCUGCCCCACCUGCUGUGCCCUCUGCUACUCCUAUCAGUAGUCUGCCAGGUGUUAGACUAAGCAGUCAUCAAGUACAGCCACAACAACCCAUCACUUCGAGUCCUUCACAAGUUCCUAGGGUGUUUGUUUCUGUCCCGCAGGUCAGUAAGUCUCAGGGAUUGUCACCACUGCACAGACCUGCGGCUUCUCAGGCAGUACGCCCGCCUGCCUCCAGCCCUGGCUUCAGUCCCGGUGUCAGUCCUGGUGUAAGUCCUGCCCAUCCACCACACAUGUCUCCGAUAACACCCGUAAGUCCAGCACCACCCCUCACCACCACCUCUUCCAUUGCUACCGCCACUAAUACUACCUCAGCUGCCACGCCACUCAGACGUACUUCCAUGCAGCCCCGGGCAGUGCGUCUCGACUUGCCGGUCGUCACGGGAGACGCGGGAGAGGUUCCAGGGGGAGGGUCAUCGAGUGGAGUGGUGACGGUUGUUGCAGAUACUCGUGUUACUGGCGUAGUGUCGGUAACGCAGUCGGUGUCGAGCAGCAAGUCGGUGCUGACCACUACCACCAGCCUCCUGCAGCCGGUCUCCAGCCUUGCUGCACGUCCUGCUGCAGGAGACUCUUCACCGCAUAAUGUACCUGAAAGGAGUGGCAGUCAUGCUCUCCCGUUAUUAGUAAAAGAAGAGCCUUCAGUGGAAGAGGCAGGAGACCCUAUUCUUCAAAGAAUAAAAAGUGAUCAAUUCAGAUUAGAGGAUACUAAAACCAAAGAGUUUAUGAAGGAAAUUAAUGAAAGUAAAGAAGUGGUGAUGGCAGUUGCUGCUGAACAUAUUACUACCCAUCUGAAAACAGAAUUCAAGGUAGAUGCAAUUAAAGCAGAAAAUAUAAAAGUUGAAAGUUUUAAAUCUGAAACUAUAAAAAGUGAACCUAUUAAACUGGAGAACAUCAAAGUGGAAAAUAUAAAAAGUGAGACCAAGGAAGUGACUAAUAACCACAAACGCAGACAUAGCAGUGUAGACAGUGACCCUCGAUAUAAACUUGAUGGGAAAACCCUAGAACCAGACUCAAAACGGAUGAGAUACGAUGGCGAGGAUGACAGGAUUUUGCGGGACAAAGUGGGCAGAGAGCGACGGGACUCUCGCGACACCCGUGAGGCUAAAAAGAGUGAGCGUGACAAGAAGAGAUGUAAUCGCAGAGAUGACUUGAAAGAAACUCUUGACGAUAAAGUCAACAACAGAACGUUCGACGUAUUGGAGACCAAACAGAAAAGAAAAGCUUAUGACAACAAAUUGGAGGAUAAAAAGGAGGAUGGCCAUAAAAAAGAGGAGAAGAGAGAGAGAAGAAAAGAUAAAUUGGAUGAAAAAUUUCACGAAGGAAAAUCUGAAUUGCGAAUAGUGGACAAAAAUUGCGAGAGGAAAAGUGAGGACAGAAAAGAAGAAAGAAAAGAAGACAAGAAAGAAGAACGUAGGGAAGACAAGAAAGAAGAACGUAGAGAAGAUAAGAGAGAAGAACGUAGAGAUGACAAAAAAGACGAAAAGCACGAAGAGAAGAAAGAUGAGAAGAGAGAGGAGAAAAAAGAUGAGAGGAGAGAGAGCACACGCGAGGAGAAAGUCAAAAGCGAAGGAGAUAAGCGAAGACACAGUGAGGACAAGAGAACAGAACCCAGAGACCAGAAGCACAAAGACAAAAAAGAGAAAACAAAAGAUAGAGACAGACUUAAAAGCUCUUCGACAUCUUCCAGGUAUGAGAAGGAGGUCGAGAAGAGAGAGCGGGAGAAAGAGAAGGAGAAAGAAAGAGAAAAGGAACGUGAGAAAGAAGAAGAGAAAGAAAAGGAGAGAGAGAAGACUUUAGAGAAAGAGAGAGAGAAGGCAUUAGAAAAGGAAAAGGAUAAAUCUUUAGAAAAGGAGAGAGAAAAAGCUCUUGAAAGAGAGAGAGCACUUGAGAGAGAAAAGGCUCUUGAACGAGAAAGGGAAAAGGCUCUAGAAAGAGAGAGGGAAAAGGUUUUAGAGAGAGAAAGGGAAAAGGCUUUAGAGAGAGAAAGGGAAAAGGCUUUAGAGAGAGAAAGGGAAAAAGCUUUAGAGAGAGAAAGGGAAAAGGCCUUAGAGAGAGAAAGAGAAAAGGCUUUAGAGAGAGAAAAAGAGAAGGCUUUAGAGAGAGAAAAAGAGAAGGCUUUUGAGAGAGAAAGGGAAAAAGCUCAAGAGCGAGAAAGAGAGAAAGCUCUAGAAAGAGAGAGAGAAAAGACUCUUGAGCGAGAUAAAGUUUUUGAAAGGGAUAGAGAAAAGACCAUCGAGAGGGAGAGGGAGAAGACCAUAGAGAAAGAAAGAGAAAAGUCUCUAGAAAAGGAAAGAAAAAAGGCAAAUGAGAGAGAGAAGACAACAGAUAAAGUCAUAGAAAAGGAGAGAGAGAAAACCAUGGAUAAAGAGAGAGAACGUGAGAAAGAAAAGGAGAAAAUGAAAAUUAAUGAUAGAGCUCGGGAGAGAGAGAAAGAAAAAAUAGGGCGACUGAACCACCGUGACAACGCCGAGAGGACGGACACCAGACGGGAUGGCCGCCACAACGACCGCCAUAAUGACAAGCGUAAAGAUUCCCGGCACGAGACUGUUCUCAAGCAUCACCGCAGACCUUAUGAAAUGUCAGAGGGUAACGAUACUCUGAAGAACAAACUUCGUAGGUCUCGCCUGCUCGAAACCGAUGAAGAAGAGAUUAUAGAAUUGAGCAAAACUUCCUCUGUUCAUUAUUCCAGUGGUGAGGACACGGCAACGCCCAAUCACGACUCUUGUAUAUCUCGUACAGAAGAUUCCGUUCACCGAAUAGACAAAGGUGAUUUAUGUGGAGAUUCUGAAGAGAGGAAAGGCGAUAGAUUUCGUGACGGUCGCCGUAGAAAACACGACUCUGGUAAGAGUGACAAGAGCGAUGGAGAGGCACGAUUGAAAGUAACUCCCUGUAGAGCCAAGACUAAUCCACCGCAACCAGCAAGAGUAAAAGGGCGCACAGAUUCUCUGGACCCUCAGUUGCCUGCCAGUGAUAUUGCAACAUCGGAAGAUGAAGUGACCAGGUCUAAGGUAGCGAUUGUAGCCAGACGUAAUAGCACAAGUACUAAACAGCAUCAACAGAUUCGAAUAGGAAUGUGUACAAGUCAGAAGAGCAAACAGGGUAACAAAAAUAAGUCUAUAUUUGAUGCAGAAAGUGAUUCUUGUGAUAGUUUGACAGGUUCUGGUGGAGAGGCAGAAGAGGGAGAGGAAGAGGAGGAGGAAGAGGAGGAAGAGGUGCCAAAAAAACACUCUAUAUUUGACAUUCCUGCUGAUGAUGGUAAAUAUGACAUGUAUGAUAAGGUGAAAGCAAGAAGACUCAAAAGACAGCAAAAACAGGAAGAGGAGAGAAGACAGCAAGAAUUAAAACAGUUACAGAUGCAGAAAUAUCGGCAGCACCAGCGAGCCAGGAAAGAAAAGAAAGCAACUUUACCUGUUCAUUCGGACAUCUCGGAUUCUGAAGAAGAAGGCGACAGUAACAGCCGAGGGCAGAAGCGAGGACACAACAGGCUAGCCAGCUCGGAUGACGAUGCUCUCCGAAAGCGCCGCCCUACGCACCAUUCAUCGGAUGAAACUGAUGACGAUGUUUGUUCGAGGACGGAUAAGAAAAAAAUGUCUUCAAUAACUUCCUGUAAAAAGGAAGUAAAACAAAAACCUAAAAAUUUGAUUGUGUCUGAUGUUACUACUGAUGAUGAAGUUAUUGUGAAUUCUCCUAGAUUUCCUCCCAAUAUCAGACAAAAUAGUAAUCCUGAAGUCGCGGAGUCUACUGAUAUUCGCAGUCGCGGAAACCACUUCUCCAUUGAUUCAGAUACCGAGAGUGAUGCCCAUGUUAAAAGACAGAGCAAACCUUUGCGCCAACUUGAAUCUGAAAGUGAGGUUUCCGAUAUUUCCUCUCACACGAAACCACCAAAACCAGCGGCUAGAGUGAAGGUUCGUGAUAAAGAGCGCAAACCUGUUCGUAUUAAGGAGAAGCCCAAAAAAGGUGUUACAAUUAGUAAAGAAAUCAUUACGACUUCGGAUGAGAGUGAGGCCGGUGCACCAUCGGAAGAUUCUCGUUCCAUCCGCCCAAAAGUGAAAGUUGAAGCAGUUGAACUACGACUAGAAAAGCCAGUUUUACAACCCCAGCGGGAAAGAAAGCGAACAGGGGAAAGUGGAGUGACUAGAGAUAAAACAUCCUCGAAAAAAGAUGAUAGAAUGGAGAUUAUAUUUGGUCAUAUAUCUGAUGACUCUGAUCCAACUCCCAGCUUACCUUGUGUGUGUCCUGCAUCAGCAACUUCAAGAAGAAAAGGAUCAGCUUCCUCGGGCACCUCUACUGCCCCACCACCGUUAUCCCCUGCACCGACAAGACUUACAGUAUGUGAAGUGUAUGAUACUGACUCGGAUGACACACACAUGCCUUCUACACCAAAUUCAUCGAGACAUGCUCAUGUCCGAAGUAAACAAAGCACUCAAGAUGGCUCGUGGUUAGAAUCGAAGAGUGAAACCAAAAUUGAGAAUAAAAUUAAACCUGAGAGCAGAAUAGAGGAACGACGAAGUUUGAAGAAAGAAAAAUUGAGACGUGAAUCUCUUCCUUCAGCUGAGGUUAUCAGGCCAGUUUCUGAUUCUAGAAAAAUAAGUAAUAAUAGCUCAAGUACCAACAAUUUACCUAGUACAAGUGUUAUUGCUAGUAAUAGUACAGUUGAAGAAAUACCUCAAGCAGAUGUGCAACAUUCAAUAGAGGCUGUGAAAGAGGAGCCAGAGUACCGGGACUCUGAGCCUAGCGUUACCGUGGAUACAUUUCGUGCCACUGAAGAGGAGCCAAGCGAGCAGCGUGACUCCCGGAAAGAUAAGAAGAGAAAGAAAAGGCAGAGAAGAGAGAAGGAUGGCAGCCGUGGUAGACGCCAUCAUCGUCAUCCUGGUGAAGACCACUUGCCCGAACAUCCCAAUGACCAGCAUGAUAAUGACCAUUCAUCCUUGUUGCACAUAGAUGCACUCUCUCCUAACAGCCCACAUGAACUGCCUUCACCUUGUCUUCUUAGUCCACAGGACAAAAUAACUGCUAGCCAUGAAGGCCAGACUCCUGUCAGUCCACAUAAUCAGCAAAUAAUGCCCCUGUCUGCAGUAUCAGUCUGCAACUCUACUGAGACCUGUACACCGCAUAGCCCUCUAGAACCACCACCACUACAAAGCCCACCUGCACGAACCCUGUCAAGAGACUCCAGGGUAUCUGUCGAGUCUAGAGAAGGUAGUGAAUCGUCCGAGGUUAAAGAAGGUCGAAGUCCGCAUCCUCUUGCUGCACUUACAUCAGAUGCAGCUGAGUCAGCAGUCCAGUCUCUAACAUCUCAUGUUCCAUCAUCACCGCCACCCUCCACAGCUCACGAGCCAAUAUUCGAGGAUAUAACAGAAGCAUCAAAUCUCAGUGCACCAGAUACAUCUGUUGAUGCCAAUGCUUCAACGAGCGGAAGUGGUUCAGGAAAACUUCCAGAGCUGUCAUUUCUCAAGGAAACUUUGAAUGCUGUAGCAGGACUUCUUGCAUGUUAUGACGAAUAUAGCGAUGAUGCUGUUACUGCGGCUGCUGCACAACCAGGUGUGGAAGAGACACUCUUGCCUCCUGACACCUCGGCAGUGGCCGACGAGGCUUUUGAAGAAGCCCAGAAAGCUGCUCAGAUGCUACAGUGUGAAAUGCCCGGUGAAAGAGAAGAUGCUUGGCCACAACAGCCACCUCAUAAUCCACCUUCUACCCCUGUGAAAGUUGUUGAAGAACCUGAUUCCCAACCAGUGGUACAACAAGAGGAAGCUGAAGAACAACAUGAACCUGAAGUUGAAAAUAGAAGAUUUUCACAAGUGUUACCUGAUAGUCCAGCAUCUAUACAAUCAGAGCCAGAAUUACAGAUUGAUGAAGACCAACCGGAUACUACUGAUGAUUUAGAUUCAUCUACAUUAACUAAUGAAGAGCAGAGAACCCAUAGUCAGACACAAGAAAAUGAUCAUUCAACUCAUGAUUCUUCUUGGUCCAGCACUAGUGAAAAAACAGGUGUAAUGGAAUCCGUAUCAAUACCAUUGACAUCAAGUGGUGGUCAUAGUGAUGAAGUUGAUGAUAAAGUUGACCAAGCAGAUAAGACAGAACUGACACAGCAUGCAAAAUCUGGGAAGCCUGCUCAAGAAUUAGCAAGUCCACCUUCCCAAACUGUCAAAGAAAAGGCCAGUCAGCCAGCACUGACUUUACCUGAGGUCUCUGUUGAGACAUCACUCCCGGCUGUUGCUCCUAGCACUGUUGAAACCUCAACGAAGUCUACUGCAUCCUGUGUGAAAACACAUACAUUGUCAUCACCACAUCUUUUGACACCUGUGUUAUCUCCAGUGAAGCACACAGCUCCUGUAAAACUUGCAUCUCCUGUUGUAUGUUCAACUCUGGUAGAAUCACCAACAUUUCCAGAGAAAUUCAAACCUGCUCAUAAGCCCACAGUGGUGUCAGAAGAGUCUGUUGACUUGGAUUCUUUAAAGCCCGAUUUGCUGCCUGUAAAAGCUUCAUGUCCUGAAUUGAAUUCUUGCAUAUCAAUAACUUCACCAACAUGUUCUUUAGAAUCUAAUUCAAAACCUGUAGAAGACAUGGAAAACACAACAGACCCAUCUUUAUCUUCCACAGUUAAGUCUUGUGCUGUAGAUGGACUUUUGAAAUCAAAGCUGGAUAGUCAGAAUUUUGCUUCAGAAGCUGUUUCAACUUCUAGUUUGCCAGGUACUCCUUCAUCCUUAGUUUCUUCUUUAACAGUAACAAGUUCUCCUGUAAAUUCUGUGUGUACCUCACUUUGCUCUUUAACUUCUUCAGUUACUACUGUAGCAGCAUCCAUAUCCACUCCUGUCUCUGUAUCUAAGUCCCCUAAAGUGUCCUCUCCUGUUUCUAUGACUAGUCCAUCUUCUGUAUCCACCACCGAGACGAUUCCGACUUCCUUACCUAUUUCAAUGCCUGUGUGCACUUCAGGUUCCAUUCCAACUUCUAUUUCUGUAUGUACAUCAACUGCCUCUUCCACUUGUAACUCAAAUUUGACUACCACAUCAGUUCACACUAGUAUGCCCAUACUGGCCCCCACAUUAGUGGAGACAUCCAUUUCAUUAACAACUUUGGCUCCUGUGCGAACAUCCACUCCAAUACCUUGCACAACACCUUGCACUGCUGCUGCUUUCACUGGUAAUAUACCACCAUCCAUCUCCACCACAGUACCCACCAUCACUUCAGCUGCUCCUAAUGCAUCACAAAUAUCAGGUGUUUCUUCAGCAGCAUUGCCUAUGUCUGUACCAGAUCUCUCUCCAGUUAAUACAACAGCUUCCAUAUCCUCUCUUACACAGACAGCUUGCACUACUACUACAUUAACACCUGUUCCUAUUACUAGAUCUGUUCCUUCUUCAGUACCCAUUCCAGCAGCAGAACCAAAAAUUGCCACAGAACCAAUAGAAAUUAUUGAUACCAAACUUGAUUUAAAUAAAAGCAUAAAAGAAGAAUGUUCAGAUGAUACUAGUAAGGACAUGAAACCUUUGGGUAGUGAUGAAUGUGUGACCACUAAUAUCCCAACUGUUGCAACAAACACUAAAACUGUUAACACACACUGCAUUUUAGAUUCGCAGAUCUCGCCAGAUGUAAAUAUAAAAGAGGAAACUCUGUUGCCUCCAUGUAUCGAGUCCAAACAAGGACUUGAGGCUCUGGUCUCCAGUGAUAAAACUACAUCUGAAGCCAUUAAGGUUGAAAGUGUUAGUAAUCCAAUGACAGUUGAACGGGCUUUAGCAAAUCUUCAAACAAUUGUAAGUGAGACAGCCACACAACCCGAUAUAGAGAGAGCUUCUCAGCCAAAUGCAGAGGAAUCUUCCUUGUGUAUGGAACAAAAGUCAAGUCCAGAAGAAAUUUCUCUCAAACAGUGUACAUUACCUCAUCCUCAGGAUGACUUAGCAAAGCUAGAACAAGUGUGUUCUGAAAUACAAAAUCAGAGUGAAAAUAUUACAUUAGAAGAAAAGUCUCCAGAACAAGAAAUUGAUUCACUUUCUGAAGAAAUUAUAAAAAACGAUUCAAAAAUAGAAGAUCGUAAUCUAGUAACAUUUCGCGGUAGAGGUCGAGGACGUGGUCGACGGGGAGGAAGACGGGCUCCAGAGGUCACAGAUGAGACUUGCAAUUCUAUGCUCCCUGUCACUAGGUCUUGUGCCAUAACACGAGCUAAGGGUCGGGGUCGUGGACGUCAGACUCGUAACAGUGAAAGUCAAAAGGAUUCAGUUCAGACAGAUAUUUUACUGAAUCCAGUUACAGACAAGAUCUUGCCAGAGCCCAGACGAAGCAGCCGGACAAAACGUGCUCGACGACAUCCAGACAUGGUAGAUCAUGAUGAAACAAGCGGGCGUCGACGCCGGGGUCGUGGUGGCCGUACGAAUCAGCCUGAAGAUAGUCGCCCAUUACCAGUACCAGCAGCUUCAGAUGUGUAUGAUUUCCACGAGUCUGAAGAUGAAGACAUCAACUUAGGUCUAGCAAAAACCAAAAUUAAAAAAGAUCCAGCUAGAUCUGUUGCUAGUCGAAGCCCAGUUAAAUGUGAAUCAGAUGAAGUGCGUCGAGUGGAAACUGAGGAUAUUCGUCCUAUAGCACCAAUUACCCGAAGAUCAGGUAGACUUCGUGAUAAGGCAGGAGAGGACGAGAUACAGGGUUUAGGUGUAAACGAUGAAGGAAAUAGUAAUGAACCAAUUAUUUUGGAUGGCACAGAUCCUUUGCUUAUUACUACUACUGCAACGACAACUUUACCUGUUACAGUACCCAUAAAUGUUGUAUCCACAGUUCAGUCUGUAUCCACCCGGGGACGUGGUCGUGGUAAACAACGAGACAUUGAUGUUAAAAAUGAUUUCGAUGUUGAGGAUGAAGGAUCAGUGCGCAAGAGUCCCCGUGGUCGUCCACGCUCCUUUGAUUCACAGUUAGACAUGGAUAAACCAUCUUUAUGCACCCCUCAGUCCAUAUCCUCUAUAACAACUACAGUAACGAGCGUUUCCACAAUAGUCACAAGCGUAGUUAAAACCAGUACAACUGCCUUGGUGAUGCCAUCUAUUGAGGAUCGCAAGUCUGAAGCAGAGUUGGUAGACCCAGUAACCGGUGUUGUAACACGGGUGAAGGUCUGCGAGGAAGGUCAAUAUGUCACGGAUAGUGGUGAAACUGCCAUACCUUCCACCCUACAUCCCUUUCCCAGUACAGACCACAUCUCCAAGCAACAGCUUGUUCCUACAUCACUUUGUGCCAACACCAAUGUUAGCUCUAUUGCAAGUUCUGUAAUCAGCAGCAGCAGCAGCAGCAGCAGUAGCAGUAGUAGUAGUAUUGCUGAUGUGUCUCAUUCAACAACUCUGACCAGUAGAUGUCGACCAGGUGUGACUCUAGCAGUUUCCAACAGCGGUAAUAUUGGUGUUCCAUUGAUGAAUGUGGGUCGUGUAGGAGAGGUCAGUGUGGAACUAGUCCCUAGAGUUCGUCCUCCCCUCUCUGUCCCUCUUCAAGUCUCAGCUGGUAUUCCUACUAUGGUUCCUACCAUAUCUACUGCCAUAUCACCUACCUUACCCUCUGCUCUCACUCCAACCCAAGUUCAGCCAGUUCGUAGUGCUAUAACUGCUGUUGUCACUUUAGGAGGAGUGCCACGACCUGCUGUAACUGCACCAGUGUAUAUUGGAAAGCAGAAAACUAUGCCAUUGCAGCAGCAACAAACGCAAGUGCAGCAGCAACCAAUUCAGCAGCAGCUGUCCCCCCAGCAGAUCCCAAAACAGAUCCCUCAGCAGAUAACAAAACAAAUACCCCAGCAGAUCUCUCAGCAGAUUUCCCAGCAGAUGCCCCAGCAGAUAUCCCAGCAAAUUCCCCAGCAAGUCCCCCAACAAAUACCUCAGCAGGUAUCCCAGCAGAUCUCUCAGCAGAUGCCUCAGCAGCAGCUACAGCAAGUGCAGAAACAGGUUCAACAGCAGGUGCAAAAGCAGGUGCAAAAACAAGUGCAACAGGUUCAAAAGCAGGUGCAACAUUUACAACAAAAGCAGGUGCAGCAGCAGCAGCAGCAGCAGCAACAACAACAGCAGCAGCAGCAAGUACCACAACAGCAACAAGUACAACCAGUACAGCAACCACCACAGUCAAAGGUAAAAAUCAUGGGUGUGGUUGCCUCGCCUGCAGCAGUACCUCCUGGGAACCAUGUACGUAAGACAAGUGUCACUGUGCCUGCCUCUCCUUACUAUCCACCAAAGUCUUUAGCAUCUACUGGAGUGAGCAUGACCCAACCAGUUAGCCGAGCUGCUGUGGUGCCAAAGACGAGUGCAUCCGCUAACCAGCCACAACCUGCGGAUCUCAUAAUGGAGGGACGGCCAAUUCCUGGUACACCUGCAGUAGCCUAUGAGACCUCCCAUGCUAGAGUUGCUCCUGCAGCUGCUAUUGAAGAUAAUGCAGGACAUCAUCGAGUCUUCAUAGAUGAGCAGAGGGCAGUUCAUGGGGAGUUUAUUGGAAUGAACAUGCAUCCACGCUACCCCAACCCGCGUUUCCUGGAACCACCUCGUGUGGAAGUUGCCAGGUUGCCUGGUUCAUCACCAUCAACACCUUCACCUGCAGGGCGACCACUGGAGACUGAACCACACGCUAACACCCACCACUCUACCAUGCCAGGAUAUGAUAUGCAUGCUGCUGCUGCUGCUGCUGUCCACACUCACAGUGCGGCUGCUCCCAUGCCUGCUUCCUCUGUGUCAGGUGCCCCCAAGGGUGGGCUGGCUCACUACUACCAUGCAGGAGAUGUAACAGAGUACCAGCAGCAGCCUGUGGCUCGCCACCAUCCCCACCAUCCAUCACAGGUCAAUGCUAGUGGUGGCGGUGGGGGUGGUGGAAGUGGGAGUGGGGGUAAUGGUGGUGGUGGUGGUGGCAGCAGUGGUGGUAGUGGUGGUGGUGGUACUGGUGUUGGUGGUGGGGAACGCUACCUUACGUCCCCACCAUUGUCCACCCCUCCCUCUGUUCACACUCCCCCUCCUGCCCACCAACACACACAGGGUGAAAUGAUGAGAGGAGUACCACCUGCAUACCUGCCACACAUGUAUCCCUCGCAGUAUUAUGGUAUUUAUGGAGGCGACAAGAUAAUAACACCAUUACCACUGGACAUGAAGCUAGAGAAAGGGGAAGCAGAGAAGCUGGAGCCUAGGUCUGGUACCGGUACUCCAGGUCCAGCUGACUUCCCUCCAAGAUCGAGCGGUGCUUCUGCGACCCUUGCUCCCCGUGGACAGUCUUCACCUCAUGUGCUGGCAUCUCCACACCAUGAUCGCUCAACAGACUCUCCACAGGUGGCCAUGGUGUACACACGAUUGUAUGACCACCGCUAUUACUAUCCUGGGCGUGCUGGCACUCCAGGAGCUCCUGGUACUGCAGAGCAUGAAGCUAGAAGUCGCAUCUCAUCACCUUCUGCUGCAGGACAUGUCUACCCAACCAUUCCCCCAACAGAAGUUCAUCACCAGUCAAUGGUACAAAUUUCACAACAGCAGUUUACUUCACAAAUUCCUCCUCAGCUGCAAAUGCUGUUACAGGGCUCUGAUGUGACAUGGGCUGGUCUUCUUGGAUUAAAACAAGAUCAUGCAGCUGUUCAGAUGUUAUACGUUUCGGGCAGUAGUGAUGUUGCAAGAGGAGCCUUAAGAGUAUAUCCUGAUGGAAGCACCUCCCCCAUUCGUAUUGGACAAAGAAUGAGACUUGAACAAACCCAACUUGAAGGAGUGGCUAGAAAGAUUCAGAUGGAAGCAGAACAUUGUAUGCUGCUAGCACUACCACACGGUCGAGACUCCUACGAUUUCAUGCAGCAACAAAACAGUCUUCGCAAUGGCAUAAUCAACUACCUAGUGGUGAAACAGGCUGCUGGCAUUGUCAAUGUUUCAGCGCCGGGAACACAGCAACCUGCAUAUGUGGUCCACAUCUUUCCACCUUGUGAUUUUGCCAACGAAAACCUGGCUCGAAUCUCGCCAGAUCUUUUGCAUCGUGUAGCAGAGAUCUCCUACCUCCUUGUUGUCAUAGCUACUUGCUGAACCCAAGACACCUUACUCAUCUUUAUUAAAGACGACAGAAUCCUCGAGUGCAAAUCCUCCUGAAGCCUUGAAGGCCUGUCACACAGGAUACAUGAUAUUAUUGCUCCAUCGCAUGAGCACGACUCAAUCUGUCAAGCUAUUUGGAAGUCUGAUAUUGGUGUAUAUUUUACGUACCUGCAUCAUUACAAGCAACUAUAUCAAAGAUCAGCAAAUAAUCAACAUUGCCAAUAUUUGGGAGUGUUGAUUAUCAUCUUGUGCUAUUGUAAAUCACUUUCCUAUUUUUAUGUCUGCAGUAAAAGCAAAUAGAAAGAUUAAAAAGCUCAAAUUACUUUAUCUUUAGAUCAACCACUUAGAAAACAUAGUCCUCACCCUGAAAAGUACUGUUAAGUGAAAUGGUCUUCUGAGAAUGGAUAGGACAGUUCCAUUACUCUUGCUGUAUGUAGUUAGUACACUACAAAAUCUUUAGAAAAAUAUAUCUUAAAAGCCUGAAAUAUUACUGGUCGUAUUUGUAAGAAUUAUGAUUCAGUAUCUUGCCAAUAUAACUAUAAAAAUAUAAAGACUGUGAAAACACUAAUGUAUACUAAAACUGUAUUGACGCUGUAAAAUAAACUUACAGCAUCGUGAUAUGUGAUAAGAAUUAAUUUAUUAUGUGCAUAUAGGAUAGAAAUGAUGUCUAUAUGACAAAGAUUUAGUGCAGUGGAAGUGGAUGGUAAUUUGUACAAAGCAUUAACAUAAACCUGUCAAGAAAGUGAAGGAAAUGUGUUGUGAGGUGAUAAUGGUGUAAAUUCCAGAUGUUUAUAAACACAACUUUUUCCGUACAUGAUGUUUGCAUAACUGCAAAUUUAGGCUGAUGCCUUAUUCAAGGUGUGAUACUUUGAGAAGUCUGACAACAAAUCAGAAAAGCAUUUAAUGGGACUUGGUGUCAUGUUAGAAGAAUGUGAAAGUGAUAAGUUUGUGUCACUGUUGUGUUUUGACUGUUUGAUGUGUGCAGCUUGCAACAUCCAGAUGUUCCUGUAACCACAAUACAUGUACUAUAUGAGGUCAUCACCACUAUCACAAAGCAAUGGUGUGGCAAAGUAUGGUGCUGUGGCCUUGUCUAUUGUGCUACACUACUUCUUCAGACAACAUGCACCCAAGGACAUACCAAAUAAACUAUCAUGACUAAUUUCACAAGAGUGAUGUAUGAGUGUUGUGUAAAUUGUGCAAGACACAAAGUUUGUGUGGCCUAACCAGCCCUGGGCCCAAUGGUGCCUGUAUGCCGCCUAUAGUCUUUAGACAAGCUGUAUAGUUGUACAUAAUGAUAUUGAUUGUAAAUUAAUUCUUUUUUACUGUUCAUUUUGGUGGAAUUGUACUUAAAAGCUGCCACAACCACCAUCAUGAUAGGUGAAGUACACACAGUUUGAUCCACAAACACUGAUGAAGCUGUGUGUCUACACUCAAAUGUUUAUUAUGUGUGCACACUGCACUCAGGGUGGCUGUGUGCAGCCCAUUGUUAUUGUCUGUACAGAUCUUCGUAUGAAGUCACCCUGAUUUAUUUAUUACCAGUCAUCUUGUUCAUCAUAUAUCAUCUUUCUCUUGCAUACUCCCCCUCAUAAGCGAUGCUCUGCCUCCUUGUUGUAUACAGACACAAACACACACACAUGUCUCAUCACUUCGUGUGUCAGAUAUAAAAAUAACCACCUUAAUAUACACUGUCUUUAACCUCCCUUUCUCUAUACCUAGUGUUUCUAUCAUGUUCCUCUUCCUUCUUCCUGACUCCUCAGCACAGCCCUCAGGAACCUUCUGCUAUCUUGCUGCAGCACUUACUCUAAAAACAUUCUAUAUUAAAUGUCUGCCUCUUUUAGAUGCUUUUUUCUUAAUGUAUGGUCUGCUAUGACUCUGUCAUGCAUAUGUAUUUUUCUCUUUAAAAAUACACCAAACCCUUAGAAUAUUCCUUAUUAUUUUAAAGCUUGCAAAAAUCAUCAUGCAAAUUAGGCCAUCUCUCUUCCCUUUUUCAAAGCAGCUGUUUAUUCCUUGCUCGCCUGUCACACUCCUCACUUGAUUAAGGUGUCAGACAGAUUCUCAUAAUAUAAGAAGGCGCCUGAUGCGGAUUAGCCUGCCGCUGCUACGCCACUCUUCAAUAGAUAUUAAAAGGAAAAAACUACAAACUAUUUGGUCUAGAGUCGAAAAGCUUUCUCAUUUCUGCACUGUUUUCAGUUUCUCGGCAGAAUUCACUCUAUUGUAUGUUUGCUCAAGAAGUUAGCGGAAUUCUAUUUUCACUUUUUAUUAAUAUUAUGUAUAACGUGGCAAAUAUAUUUUUGAUGUACAGUUUGAAAAUGUGAAAAAGUGUUUACUUGUAAGUGUACUUGUUAAGUGUUGCAUAAGAGAUAUGUGGUGUGCCUGAGGCGUUUGUAAAUAGGUCUAAAUAAACUUUUAGGCUGUGAUCCUCAGUUCUCUAGAAGCUUCUUUGGUCAGAAAAUUUAUUAAAAAGUCCAGUGACCAAUUUAAAUUAUUUCAAAACCCAAUAAAGAUCACAAUGAAAUAUAUAAA